AUGACAAGGGGUGGUGAUGCGGCGGCGGAGGCGAGCGAGCACCUCCUUGGCCCGCCGCCGGCGAGGGGUGGCGACGGGUCGUCGCUGGGGAUGGUCAUGGCCAGCACAGGCGUCGCCGUGCUCGGCUCUUUCGCCUUCGGCGUCGCGAUUGGCUACUCGGCACCAGCUGAGGCCGGGAUCAGCCGGGACCUCCAUCUGACCCUCUCCGAGUACUCUGUUUUCGGGUCGGUAAUAACAGUCGGGGCCAUGAUCGGAGCGGUCGCGAGCGGGCAGAUUGCGGAUGUUGCUGGACGAAAAGGGGCGAUGAGGGCUUCUGCUCUCGUUUCCAUUGUCGGAUGGCUGGCAAUCUUCUCUGCACAGAGUGCUUACUCGCUUGAUUUUGGGAGAUUUUGCACCGGACUCGGCGUCGGAGUGUUUUCAUACGUGGUGCCGGUUUUCAUUGCAGAAAUUGCUCCGAAGGCUCUUCGUGGGGGACUUACAGCUCUGAAUCCAUUGAUGAUAGGCACUGGAUUAUCCAUGACGUAUAUCGUCGGCACAGUUGUGUCCUGGCGGAUGCUGGCCAUGGCUGGACUUGCUCCAUGCAUAAUUCUCAUAGUUGGUCUCUUCUUCAUUCCUGAAUCUCCUCGAUGGCUGGCAAAGGUUGGCCGGAAAAAGGAGUUUGAAAUAGCACUCCAGCGCCUCCGUGGCAGAGACGCGGAUGUGUCCCUUGAAGCUGCAGAAAUCAAGGACUUCGUCGAAACUAUUGACAAUCUUCCAAAGCCUGGAAUUAAGGAUCUCUUCAGCAGGCCAUACAUCCGUCCUGUCAUUAUCGGCGCCGGUCUAAUGGUUUUCCAGCAGUUUGCAGGGAUAAACGGGAUCCUGUUCUACGCCAGUGAAACAUUUGUCUCAGCUGGGUUCGAUUCAGGAAACCUAGGAACAAUCUUGAUGGCGUGUAUCCAGUUACCACUCACAACACUUGGAGCUCUACUGAUGGACAGGAGUGGGAGAAAGCCGUUAUUACUGAUUUCCACAUCUGGACUCCUCGUGGGGACUCUUAUGUCAGCAGUAUCAUUCUACCUUAAGGUUCACGGUAUAUUCCCGAAGCAAGUCCCAAUCAUCACACUCACCAGCAUAUUGGUCUACAUUGCAAGUUAUUCACUAGGGAUGGGUUCCGUUCCUUGGGUCAUAAUGUCAGAGAUAUUCCCAAUUAAUAUGAAAGGAAUCGGCGGGAGCUUCGUGACUCUGGUGAACUGGUUGGCUUCGUUAGCAGUUUCUUUCGCCUUCAACUUCCUCAUGAGCUGGAGUGCUUCAGGAACAUUCUUCUUCUUCGCCUUCGUUUGCGCAAUGGCUAUUCUCUUCAUUGUGAAGAUCGUGCCGGAGACAAAAGGCAAGACCUUGGAAGAGAUUCAGGCUUCGAUAAACUGCGGCACAUGA